GCAUGCAUACACGAUAACAACAAUAUUACAAACUAUAAAGUCUUACCAGUUGUAGUAAGGCAUACGUGACGCUUGAUUAUUAAACGUUUUAUUUAAUAGAAUUAUUACGUUCCCGAAAUAAAUUCUGAGAGUCGGGCGUGGUGGGGAACUCAUAAAUAUUCAUAUAUGUUCCACCCAUUUAAGUUACAUCGAAAAGCUCAGAAGUCGGAACACCGGCGCGGUCUACCGUUAGGUGCUAGGUUUGUGUGUGAGGAUGGAGUGUGAGGGCAUCGCGGGCAUUGAGCAGUUCAGCAGCCCGGGGAAGGGCAGAGGACUGCGGGUGAGCAGAGCGUAUGAAGUCGGUGAAUUGCUCUUUUCGUGCCCCGCUUAUUCAUACGUACUGUCCGUCAGCGAGAGAGGAUUCAUCUGUGAACAAUGCUUUGCAAGGAAAAAGGGUCUUGCAAAAUGUGGAAAGUGCAAAAAAGCAUUCUACUGCAAUGUGAACUGUCAGAAAAAAAAUUGGCCCAUGCACAAGCUGGAGUGUCAUGCUAUGUGUGUGUAUGGAGAGAACUGGUGCCCCUCAGAGACAGUGCGACUGAUGGCCAGAAUCAUCGCCAGGCUGAGACACCAGAAAGAGAGAAGCCCGUCAGAAAGACUACUCUUACUGAGAGAUAUGGAAGCACACAUGGAGGAUAUGGAUAAUGAGAAAAGAGAGAUGAAUGAAGCACAUAUAGCCGGUCUCCAUCACUUCUAUUCCAAACACCUGGAUUUCCCUGAUCAUCAGGCCCUGCUCACACUUUUAUCACAGGUUCACUGUAAUGGCUUUACUGUGGAGGAUGAGGAACUCUCAAGCUUGGGUUUAGCUAUUUUUCCAGACAUUGCCCUCUUGAACCACAGCUGCUGUCCCAACGUCAUAGUCACAUACAGGGGUAUCAACGCUGAAGUACGGGCUGUGCAGAAAAUCGGUCAAGGGCAAGAGAUAUAUACCAGCUACAUAGACCUGCUGUACCCUACAGAGGACAGGAUCGAGAAACUCCGAGACAUCUACUACUUCAGCUGUGACUGCAAAGAGUGCACAACCAAAUCCAUGGAUAUGGAGAAGAUGAAGGUGCGGAAACUGAGUGAUGAAAUCAGUCAAAAGGAGAUCCGGGAUAUGGUGUUUUAUGCUCGGAAUGCCAUGGAAGACUUCCGCAGGGCCAAACUUGAGAAAAGUCCCGCUGAGCUGCUAGAGAUGUGUGAGCUCAGCAUUGAUAAGAUGAGCGCAGUGUUUGAUGACACUAACAUCUACAUCCUUCAUAUGAUGUACCAGGCCAUGGGCAUCUGUCUUUUCAUGGAGAAUUAUGAUGGAGCGGUUAGAUAUGGAGAAAAAGUCUUGAAGCCAUACACUGUCCUUUACCCAGCAUACUCUUUAAAUAUUGCAUCAAUGUAUCUAAAGAUGGGCAGACUCUACAUGGCUCUGGACAGGAAGUCCACUGGCAUAAGUGCACUUCAAAAGGCAUUGGCCAUCAUGGAGGUUGUUCAUGGAAAGGACCACACAUAUGUUACAGAGCUUAAACAGGAAAUAAGAGGAAAAUAAUGUAAAUAGUGUGUACUGUUUCAGAUUCCACUUCAGUUUCACUUUAUGGAGAGACUUCUUCAUCUUCAGUAAUAUGCUUUAGAGGCUGAUAAAGUAUUUCUGUAAAAUAUAAAACUCUAAAAAUAAAGAAGUGCAAGUGUAACAAGUGUGCAAAAAUGGAAAACAGAAAAAGUAAUUCAUAUAAUUUAAGCAGAUGGUCAAGUAGAACAGUAAGAGCAGAUAAACAGAAAAAUAAAGAAAAUAUACCGUAAUCAUACAAUUGAGCAGACAUCAAUACACAACAGAAAUCACAGAGAAAUGAAUGGAGGGACAGGUACAAGGAGAAUUCCACCAGGAAGCAAAAGAAAAGAGGCUUAUUUUAGGACCACUAUCAUCAACAUGAUUGAUACUUAGCAUACAGUUCGGGUGAAAUGAAGUGACAUCCCAAACUCAGAAUUUGUGCUCUACAUUUAACCCAUCCAGGUGCGCAUACACACACACAGCAGUGCAUAGUGAACACACACCCAGAGGAAUGGGCAGCCAUAUUUGUGCACACGGACAAUUCCUGCUCGACCUGAGACUCAAACCCGCAACCUUUGGGCUACAAGGCCGACUCUCCAACCAUUAGGCCACAACUGCCCCAGUCUGCCGUGUGGAUUUGGCAUCAAUAACCUCCCCGUCGUAUUCCUAUAGGUAGAUGUGGAUCAGCUGAGAGUUAGCUGAUUCGAGCUUGACUCACGCGACCUGCCAGAACUAACACCAUACACUUAAUGUCUUAAACAGCUAUGCUUCAAAUCAGCACCAAACACAAUAUAUAUUGUGUACAAAGAGUGAAACGACUAUAGGAAAUUUACUUAACCAAUCAAAUUUGAGGACCGGAACUAUUUUCUGUAUAAAUAGUCUAUGCAUUCAUUUCAUUUUUUACUGCAAAUGCCAGUUGUUUGAGAAUAUUAAAUACAUAAUGAAUCAAUUCUGUUUUAUAUUGGUGAAUGUUUACUAUUUGCCUGUUUCUGUUUGUGAAUAUAUUUCCCAAAAGUAAUAAACAGAUGAAUUAUU